AUGGAGCCGCCGGAAGCAGAGGCGGCGACUGCCACCGCCUCAUCCUCGCUGGCACCGUUGUCCACGGACGACGACAUUGUCCUAGACACCCCCGCCUCUCUCUUGCCCUGCAUGGCCGCGUGGGGAGCAUCGGCCUCGGAGCUGCGACAGGCGACACAGCGGGCGCACCACGAGCGGCGCCGCGGCGGCAGGACCGACACGGUGCACGAGCCUGCCGCGCCGGAGGAGAGCGUGUACGCCCACCCGGCAGCACGGGGCGUCGGGCAGGAUGUGAUUGACCUUGUUACGGACGUCUUCACGGCGCAACGCGACGCCGAGAUCCAGAAGCGUCGCGAGGUGCUCUAUGAGCUGACGCACCCGAACCCGGUCGACUACACGUAUAACGGCAAGCUGGUGCCACCGCCGCCGCUGAGCUUCGGGCAGGUGACGGAGGAGGCGCGCUCCCUGGGCAACAGGAUGAUGCUUGGGCAGACGUACUCGCUGGUGCGACAGGCCGGCACGCGCGCCUCGGACGAUGACUUGGACGUGCUCGGCAGCACAGCCAACGCAGCCGGCCGCGGUGCAGCAACAGCGACAACCGUGUCGCCAGCCUCGAGCGUCGAGACAGGUCUGGCAGCGCCGUGCUCCACUUUUUCCCCCCGCCAUGCGAAGGGCUACGGCGAGCGCACCGCGGCGGCGCCGUAUCGCCGCCGCGCGCACGACACGAACAUUUUCCGUGGCCACAACUACUUCUUCGAGAUCGACGAGCUGUACCAGGAGGUGGUCCUCGUCGGCAGAGCCUGCGCCGGUAAGUCCAGCCUGCUGAACGCGUUGCUGGGCCAGCAGGUGGCCAAGACGAGCAGCAUGCCGAACACGACGCGCAAGAUCUCCUUCUACCAGAGUGUGACGCCGGAGCAGCUGCACGCCUUUCAUGCCAGGGAGCACCACAACCAGCUUGUUAAGCUACCCGGCGGCGGCCUGCAGCUCACCUUUGUGGACUUGCCGGGCUACGGCAUCGAGGGCAUGAGCGACGCGUGGCGUGAUGCCGCCAUUGAGCUGACGGACGCCUACUUUGGGGUUCGCCGCUCCGUCAACACGGUCCUGUACUGCAUGGACUGCGAGCGGGGCCUCACCAAGACCGACAUCAAGUACUUGGAGUGGAUUGAGAACGUGCAUGGUACCUGCUUUGUGGUGCUGACCAAGUGCGACAGCGUACCGCACUCCCGCGUGUGCUCCGUCAUGCGUCAGGUGUAUGCGUUGAUCACGAAGCACCGGCGCAAGUACCGCAAGGUGUUCCCCUUUAUCCUUCCCGUCUCAGCCAAGGAUGGCACGAACAUGGAGGUCCUGCGCGGCCUCAUCACGGAGACCUCUGGGAUCAUGCCUGGGGAUAAGCUGCGGGAUCUGCUGCAGCACAAGAAGGCGACCUUCACACACAUGGCGCUUCUGAAGGAGAUGGGGCGCAUCGACGCCGCGCGGCAGCUGGAACGCAGUCAAGCGAAAGCCUACUUCCAGCUCACACGCGGCGGCCUUGGCGUGAGCGCGGGCGCGAAGCCGCCGCUGGAGGUGCACCGUAGCGAGAGGCCAAGCGCGAUGCGAAAGCGGGACGGAAGCGGUGGCGCCAGUGCGGAUGUGCAAGACACGAGCGCCGAACGGAGCGCUGCACCUCCUCUCAACGCGGAUUUCUCUGAGGCCGCGGCGCCGCCGUCGGGUGUGGCACCCGGCAGUCGCCACUGUCGCUACGUGCUGCCGCUCGGCAGCGGCACCGCUGACGCCGAAGCUGCGGCGCUGCUCUCCAGCUGCGCCAGCGAUCUGGACGCCGCGGACGACACUGCAGACGUCUUCCCUACUGAGUCAUCGAUGGCGGCUGCGGCUGCGGAGGGCCGUCGUGAGAGACGUGAGCGGUUCCUCGCCUGGCGUAGGGUGCACCCACUGGGCACAGUGUCGCCGUCGUACGACGCUAUCCAUGGGGAGGUGGGUUGUGACGCUACCCCACCCCUUGCAGCACCAGGGCUGGAGACAGGCCUUCCCGGCAGCGGCCGCUACCGUCUGAACACCGGCCUUGACAAUCCCCGGGCUGCGCAUGCCGUCGUGGAGCUGCACGGGGAGCCGGGUGUCCCUGUGGGAGAGUGCAACGCGCGGGGCAAAGGCGGUGAGGAGGCACGACAUGGCGGAUGUGACAGCCAAGCGCAGAAUCCCAGAGACACAGCCGUGGCUGCCGCAGGCGGGUCUUUGCAUUCCCUGCCGACAGUGUUGCCGGUAGCGGCUGCGUCCCACGGCUGGCGCUCCAGCGUCAUUGGUCUCAGUGACGUCGGCACGGGCAGCAACAUUGCGCCAGGUGCCGACGCCAGCGCAGUGCCGCCGGCAAUGGGACCGACCUCUCCAUUGCGAUGCGCUUCGACCGGCGCAGUCUCGCGGUUUGUAGACGUGAUGGAGCAGUACGGCCGCCAGCACCGUGUUGCCUUGUCGGCAAAGCAGAGGCGGAAGGAGGAGCGCUGGCGUCGGUGCGGCGGCGGUGGUGGCCUGCUUGCCGAGGACGCGUCUGGUCGCUUGUCCGCCUACAGAGCUGGCAAGCCGUGUGGGCCGGCUCUCGUGCCGACCAACACCGACGUGAGCAGGCGCCAGGCCGAGUGGCGGGCGGAGCAGCUCAAGACGCUCCUUGCCAAGGAGAGUCCCGAGGCGCCGUGGGCGGCACUGCGCCAGCUGCGCCGAACGAUCCAGGCCCGCGCGGAGGAGACGGCGCUGGCUGGGAUGCGGAAGAAGGAGGUUGCCGCGUAUGUGCUCAACGCCGGCCGCGUGACGGCGAGCUUCGAGAAGUUCGAGGGCGAGGUGACGGCGGCGAAGUACAUGAAUGAGACUCGCCAGUCCCCGACGUUACGCUCGCAGCAGCAGAUGCACCUGAACGCGACAGCCAAGAUCGGCUACCGCUCCAUGCCACCCGGGCUGUGGAAGCGCUACGGAGAGAAGGAUACGUACUGGCAGACGCCACGGGUGCUCGGCAGGUCGGAGGAUGAGAGCCACAAGUAA